GCGAAAAUUGACAAAAGAGAAAAAAAAAAAAGAAGGAAAAAGAAAAAAAAAACACUUUUUUUUUUCUCCCCCUUUUUUUUGUGUUUCGUUCCCGUUCAGCGGGAUUCACGCAAAGCCUGCCGCAGCUCUUCUCCAUGUGUUUAUGAUAUGGCUUUCAUGUCAUUCUUCUUUUCUUCCCCCGACUCGAUCCGAAUUCUGUUUCUUCUUCGCAGGUUCCGUUCGUGUCCUGUUUUCCGGAAGCGCCUCUUCGGACCCUUGGGGCCUUUCCUGGGAGCGCAAUUAUGACGAUCACGAUUUUACCUGUUUCCAUUCUUCUUUUUUGCUUUUUUUUUUUUUUUUUUUUUUUUUUAAUUCUCAUAACCCUGGAUUUGGCUUUCCGCCUGACAGUUUCCUUCCUGAUAGAUUCUUUGACCUCCAUCCCAUUGGUACUAUACUUCUUCAAUUAUACAUUUUCCAGUGCCAUGGCGUUAAUACCUUUUGAUCUUGUCCAUUCAUCUGUUCAUUAUAGAAACCAAGCAAAAAAAAAAAAAAAAAAAAAAAAAAAAAAAAAACAAAGGAAGAACAAUUAUUUCCUUUCACACUGUGGUCCCAUCAUUUUGUUCCUUGAUUUCUAUAGUAAAGACGCUUGGCUAAUAUCCAGACUGUUACCUGUUACCUGCUCCUUGAUACCCUGUUUCAUCUUUUGUUAUGUUCCCAUGUUGCUUGGUUUGAUUAAACAAGUUGACAAAGCUAUUGUUUUGCUUGUUAUUUGUUGAUUAACCCUAAUACUAUACAUUCGUUUGCUUGCUCUCAUGAAAUGAUAGAUUAUAUUAGAUUGAAAACAUGCUACAUUGUGAUUUGCUAGAGCCAUAUUU